GAAGCCUUACCAAAAAAAAAAGAUGAAGGGUAAAAUGGGAAAUUUAGGGUGUAAAUGAAUGAAUAUUAAGGGGGAGUAGCUAGCUAGAAUCAAGAAUAAAAGCGCGCCGCAACAGAAUACUAGAAGAAUAGAGGAAGCAAUCACAGAGAAAGGUUGAUUGCAAUGGCGAAGGGUGACGACUCCAUCCUAAAAAAGCGGAACAAAAAGAUUAGAAAAAGACUAAGCGGCAAGACUGACAAGACCACUGUCUCUGCUAAGAUUGCCGCUGUUAUCGCCGCCAAGAAACGCCGCAAGGCCGGUAAACGCCGCAUCUGCGAGGGUAUGUGUUUUAGUUUACCUAGUCUAGAUGAUCCAUUCAAUGAUAGACGUGGGAAACCGGAAUUCAAAAAAAAGGAGGAACCUGAAAAGAAAAAACCUUUCCAAAAAGAAAAGGCGCUUCCUGUUAAAGGGAAGAGUGCACCCAGUGGGAAAGGCGCAGUUCGUCAAAGUAUUUCACACAAAUUGAAUCAACAAACAGGAAAUGAUGAUACUAACAAUAAAAGUCACUCGGAAAAGGAUAAUGAAAUUUCAGACUUCCCAUCUAAAUUUGUUUUUUGGUGUCUGAGUGCAAUUGAAAACGCACUGCGACAUGAUGAUGCCUACACUGAUGGAGAGGGCAACUCUUUCUUUCUUAACUCGUGGGGAUUAGAAUUUUCAAAGUGUUUUCCUACCGGCAAAGAUCUCAUGGACACUGGUGGAACCUUUGCUACUACUGAGCAAAUUGCAUGGAUGGUUUCUGCGGCAGCUGAUACUUUUGUUAGAAAAGAGAAACAAGGCGUAUCAAUAGACACCCCUUUUCUUUUGUUCCUCGUUCCUUCCGAAAAAAAAGCUGCCCAGGUUCGAACGGUUUGCAAACCUUUGAAAUCUGUAGGAAUACAUACAGUGAGUAUUCAUCCUGGCGCUUCCUUAGAUCAUCAGAUCCAAGGUCUGAAAAGUUGUGAGCCUGAGUUUCUCAUUUCUACUCCUGAGAGGCUCUUGGAACUUGUUUCAAUGAAGGCAAUUGAUAUUUCUGGCGUCUCUAUGCUGGUUAUUGAUGGGCUAAAUGCUAUUUGUAAUGCUGGCCACGCUGAUGCAAUAAAAUCCAUCAAGAUGUUUAUUUCUGGCAAUCCCAGUCUUGUGGUUUUCAAUGAUAGCUUCAACAAUACAUCUAUCCCAGUUGUUCAGCAUCUUUUGACGGGACCUAUUUGUAGAAUAUCUAUCAAUAAUUCAAUCGACAGCCUAAGUUCAUGCAUUGUACAGUCUGUUCAAGUGUGUACAUCAGACAAAGAUAAACGUGUUAAGAGCCUCGAUAUCCUAUGUCAAUUUUGGAGCAGCCAGAAUCAUAAUUCAAACCUUCUAUAUAUCUUGAGGAAGGAUGUCAAGUGCCAUAAUUUAGUGAAGGCUCUCGAAUCCAUGGGUUGUUCCACGUCACUUGAUUCUAAUGCAGCGAAUAUUAAUAAUAGUGUGGAUUCAAACCGGAAAUUGGUUACAAUGAUUGAUUUGGAGGAUAUCUCUACUGUGGAUAUAGGGAUGUAUGAUGUAAUAGUCCUGCCAACUUUUGUACCCUCCAUGGACACUUACGAGCAUAUUUUGACAAACAUGGCACGCCAAAGUGUCAACGGUGUUUUGCACGGUUUCUUAACAAAAAGUGAUACAGAACUAGCUGGACCACUCAUUUCAAUUCUUGAACAAUGUAAGCAGGAAGUGCCUGAGACCCUGCAAGAUCUGCAUCAGGCAUCAAACAUGUUGGAAGAUUGAAUGUUGAAGGUUCUUUGUCAUUGUUUUACUUGCGUUAAUUCUAUAUCUACGGCUUUUAUGAUUAUUAAUGGGAGGAUGACUGGUGUCCUAAUUGGAAUUCGGAAACAUUGCAUCCCAUGAAGACUCCCCAUUCAGAAAAUUUUGUAACAAUGUCUUUGUUUAGAAUAUUAUAUUUUUAUUACCCGAGUGAAAGAUAGUAGAAUUUUGCUA